AUGACUCCAGCACAGUCACGUCGCAAGGCACAGAACAGAGCAGCUCAACGCGCCUUUCGAGAGCGGAAAGAGCAGCAUGUCAAGAAUCUCGAAGCGAAGCUUGCGACACUAGAGGCCGCCCAGGGCGCGACAGCCACUGAGAACGAGCGGCUGAAGCGUGACAUCCAACGGAUGAGCACCGAGAACGAAGUUCUCCGCGCAACGAAUCAGGCACAUGCCCAGCAAGGGGGCUCGCUUUCACCACCGGCACCUACGCAGACUGGGCCAUUGCAGUACAACCCGACUGAUUUCUAUUCGGACCUCCUUGCCAAUCAUCACAAUAAGACGCCAAGCCAUCGGAUCGUCCAGUCCGAGGCUGGCGAGCGGCUCUUGGCUGCUGGUGCUACUUGGGACAUGAUCAUCAAUCACGAGCUCUUCAAGCGCGGCCUAGUCGAUGUGGAGCGUGUCAGCGAGAUCUUGAAAUCACAAGCAAGGUGCGAUGGGCAGGGCCCAGUGUUCGAGGAACGUGCCAUUUUUGCUGCUAUUGAGCUCAGUGUGGCUAGUGGGAGCGACGAGCUCAUCUAA